AUGGGCGGUAGAAAGUAUUCAGGUGGAAGUGAAGGAAGACCUUCCAGAAAGCGGUUCAGUGAUCAAAACGGUUCUACCAAUGGAGGUGGCCGCUUCCAGAGAAGAGGCUCAAAGGGCGGUAAAAGGUCUGAUACCUCUGCUGGCUUGAAACAAGAGAAGCAUUCUCCAGAAGCAUGCUCAAGGUCGUCUACAUCGUCUCAGGGAUCAGUAGAUUUUGCUGCUCCCGAGAAGCUGGAAGAUCAAGUUGACAAUGGUGGUGCUAAGGCUGAAUAUUUCCGUUUAUUCAAAAUUAUCAAGAGAAGCAAAUCUAUUCCACUGAAGGGAGAUGUUUGUUUUGAGCUAAGGCCAAAUAGAUCUUUCUUAAUGUUGGUCCAAUUGUGCACAAGUGGUGCUCGUGAAGUGGUUAACCACUCAAAUGGUUUGCCAAGGUGCUGUUUUGAGGGUGAAAUAUUUGGAGAUAACAGUCUUGCUAGUGGAUCCAAUACUGUCCAAGCUAUAGGGUUAGGCAUUCGGCUAAAGGAAAUGUUAGCACAUAUAUAA